GUUAGGGUUUCUUCCCACCUAUAAAGGGAGAUGUAUCCAUUAAUCACAGUAAGAAGGAAAACCUAAUUCAAACCCUAUUCUCCUCUUCUACGGCGCACGGCUCAAGCCUGCGAAUUUCUCUCUCUCUCUUGUCCUCACUUUCUGGAGCUUGAAGACGCUCGAAGUCUUCCUAUCCCGAUACUUCAUCGUAUCAACGUGCUCUCGUUGAGAGAUAUGGCAGAAGCCUCAUCCGCGACAAUUGAACUAGAGGGGAAGGUUGGCGAGCUAGGGCAUGCCAUGAUACAGAUGCAGCGAGAUAUUGAGUUCCGUUUUGCCCGACUUGACACGGCCCUGGCUGCCAUCCAAACAAACCUGGCCGCCCUCCAAGUUGGGGGAGGGGGACGCCUAGGGCAUCAGGAACCGGGCAGAAACGGCGGGGGUGCUACACCCAAGCCAAAGUUAGAGCCGCCGACGGAGCUGAACCCCUACGGUGGUUGUACCAGUAAGGAGUCCACAGCCUCAAUACCGGUCCGGCUGUUGACACGGGCAGAGAAAAUGGAGAAGGACGCCAAGGGCCUUUGUUAUAAUUGUGACAAAAAGUGGAGCCGAGACCACAAAUGCGGCCGAUUCGUUUUAAUGAUGGGGGAAGACGAGGGGAACGAAGAAGAACUAGAGCUGGAGGAGGAAGACGAGGUGACGGCCGACAUCUCAAGCUUGCAGAGCAUGGCGGGCAUGUCCACACCGCGGUCCUUGCGGCUGACCGGGCAGGUUGCCGGACAAGCUGUGGGCGUGUUGAUCGAUGGUGGGAGCACCCACAACUUCAUCCACCCCCAAACAGUGGAGAGGUUGGGGUUAGCCGUGGAAGCCGUACCACCGUUUCAGGUGUACAUUGGCAACGGGGAUUCCCCACCUUGUGAGCGGCAGUGCAGGGUGGUUAAUGUGGGACUCCAGGGAACGAACUUUGCCGUGGACCUCUACGUUCUUCGAAUCCAUGGACACGAUGUGGUCCUAAGGGUGCGGUGGCUGCGAGAAUUGGGGUGUGUUUUGCACGAUUACGACAAGGUGACGAUGGAAUUCACGUGGAGGGAUCAAGCAGUCACGCUACGUGGGGAUGCUCCAGUAGCCCGACCCUUGACUGUACAUCAAUUGCGCGCUAUGGCUGGCAACCAAGAGAUGUCUUUUUGCAUGGAGUUAAUGACGCUCCAGUUGCAGGAGUCGCCGGCUGUCUCAACCAAAGGACCAGGAGGCCACUUGACGGCAGAUAUGGAGCAACUGUUGGCAGACUUUAAGGAGAUUUUUGAGGAACCAACGUGAUUACCUCCCCGACAGGAAGCCGACCAUCGGAUUUUUUUGCAGCCUGGGACUAAGCCGGUCAAUGUCCAACCCUUCCGAUAUCCCCACUUUC